AUGGCCGCGCUGCCGCACGGCGCGCGGAUCGUCAACGGCAGCGACGCCAGCAUCGAGGACUACCCGUGGAUGGCCGUCAUCCAGUACCGCAGCGACAUCAAGUGCUCCGGCACCAUCAUCAGCGACACCUGGGUGCUGACCAACGCCGCCUGCGUGCAGAAGUUCGAGCCCACAGACUACUGGGUGCGGGUCGGCACAGCGGAUCGUACCAAUGGAGGACUUCUGUACAACGUCACGCGGAACGAAUACAACCACAAGUUCAGCUCCAAAAAGAGGGACUACGACGUGGGCGCCGUUCAGAUCGACGGCACCUUUACCUUCACCGACAGUGUGCAGACUAACCACAAAGAAGAAGAUUGUUAUUUUAAGAACAAAGACAGUGGAAGAAUAUCAUUUUGCACUUUUGAAGAUAUAGAAGAAGAUCUAGUCACUCAAGAAAAUAAGAAACAAGACACUGUUGAAGAAAAGAAGAUGGAAGACACUACACAUAUUGCAUAUGAAUGUAACGAAGGAAAGAUUUCACAAAAAGCGAAUGAGAAAGAAGAUAUGGUCAUGGUUGUUGAUAGUGCAUGUGCAGGACAUUUGUGUAAUGAAGUGGACAAGUUAACAAAUCCAAUUACUCUGUCGACGGAGGCGCCACCGGACGGUGCUCUGGUGACGGCGAUGGGUUGGGGCACGCUUUGGAAUGGUGGCUACCCUGCAGAGGUGUUGCAGGCGGUGGACCUGUACGUGGUCAACUGGGACGAGUGCAGCGAAGUAGACAUCUACAGCGGCAAGCUGACGGAGCGCCAGUUCUGCGCCGGCUGGUCUGGCGGCGGGAAAGGCACCUGCGGUAGGGACAAGGGCGGUCCAGCGGUGCUCAAUGGCGUCCAGGUGGGUAUCACCUCCUGGAGCAACGGCUGCGCCAUGCCCGGCUACCCCAGCAUCUUCACCAGUAUCGUGCAGGUGCGCGACUGGAUCACAGAGACAACUGGCGUCUAG